AUGUCGCUCGAGAACUACACCAAGCUAGAGAAGGUCGGCGAAGGCACAUAUGGCGUCGUGUACAAGGCGCGCGAUAUCCGGACAGGAUCGUAUGUUGCGCUCAAGAAGAUCCGCCUCGAGGCCGAGGACGAGGGCGUGCCGAGCACUUCUAUCCGCGAGAUCUCGCUGCUCAAGGAGCUGUCAAAGGACGACAACAUUGUCAAACUACUCGACAUUGUUCACUCGGACGCCAAGCUCUACCUCGUCUUCGAGUUCUUAGACCUCGACCUCAAGCGCUACAUGGACUCCAUCGGUGACAAGGACGGUCUCGGCCCGGGGAUGGUAAAGAAGUUCUGCUACCAGCUGGUCAAGGGCCUAUACUACUGUCACGCGCACCGAGUGCUCCACCGUGACCUCAAGCCCCAGAACCUGCUCAUCAACAAAGAGGGUAACCUGAAGCUUGCCGACUUUGGCCUCGGCCGCGCCUUCGGCAUACCCUUGCGGACGUACACCCACGAGGUCGUCACGCUGUGGUACCGCGCGCCCGAGGUGCUCCUCGGCUCGCGCCACUACUCUACGGCAAUCGACAUGUGGUCUGUCGGAUGCAUCUUCGCCGAGAUGGCAAUGCGCCAGCCCCUCUUCCCAGGAGACUCUGAGAUUGACGAGAUCUUCCGCAUCUUCCGCCUCCUCGGUACCCCAGACGAGGAAAUCUGGCCAGGCGUCAGAAGCCUGCCCGACUACAAGCCCACCUUCCCGCAGUGGCACCCUCACGACCUCAAGGGGACGGUAACCGCGCUCGACGACGACGGCAUCGACCUCCUUGCCCAGAUGCUAGUCUACGACCCCGCCCAUCGAAUCUCUGCAAAGCGCGCACUCAACCACCCCUACUUUAUCUCGGGGUCCCCCUAG